AUGAUAAGACUUGUUGCCCGUUGAUUUUUCUUUUGAAAUUUUACAAAUGAGUUUCAACAAACCGUUAAUUUCAGUCGAGAUUUUUUUUUUGUACAAACAAAUGCGUUGAAUUGUUUAAAUAGCAUAUAAUAUAAACGUGUCUCAUAUUAUGAGUUCAAUUAACGAAGAGAAUAAAGAAGUCCAAGCCGUCGAUAGUGAAUGUACAGAACAGCAGAAUGUACAAAAAGAAAAAUUAGCUCAAGAAUUGAUCGAAAUGGGGUUUCCCGAGGCGGACGUGUUAAAAAUAAUCGAAUCGGCCGGAUGCUGCGUACCCAAAGAUGUGAUUGUCGAACAGUUGUUGACUAAUCCGACCAAACCGUUGUCCGACGAUUGUAUACCCUUAGUAGAGGACGACGGUGAUCAGUUAUGGGAAGACGUGAACAUUCCCUACAAGAUGGUCAUCGUAAUCAACAUGGGACUCAAAAUGGGCAUCGGAAAAAUCGCCUCUCAGGCCGCUCAUGCUGCUCUGGGCUUGUACGAAGUUGUCAAAGGUCGCAAAAGUCUCAAGAAUGAUUUUCACAUUUGGGACGAUCAAGGAAGUCGAAAAAUCGUCUUGGAAGCCAAAGACACUGCCGACCUAAUCCGCAUAUGCACCGCAGGAAAAUUGCACAAUAUACCGUGCUUUUGCGUCCAAGACGCGGGUCUAACGGAGAUAGCGCCGAAUUCGUUCACGGCGCUCGCACUUUUCGGAUCCGACGACCAACUGAAACCCGUCACCGGAAAGCUGAGAUUACUUAAAUGAUGGGGAGGGUUUUUUAACCCCGAGGAUAAAAAAAACAAAUAAACCGUGUUUUGUAUUUUUUUUUUUUUUGAAACAUUUAAUGUGAUAAAUAUCAUAAUGUUACAUUACAAAAAAUUGUUUAACUACAAAUGUGCCGAUUAAAAACACAAGUGACCAUAUUAUAUAUUGAAUACACG